AUGGCCGAACCGAACCAUCUCAACGUCUACACCGGACCAAACUCCGUCAAAAACUACUUCGAUCCUGAUACCGCUCCUCCGCUGCCCCUCGUCGAAAUACCAGACUGUCUCAACCCUUAUCGCAAACAUGGCGUCCGGGUCUACGCCAAGAUGAUGUCGAUGCACCCCGCCAACAACGUCAAGGCAAUGCCGGCUCUCAACCUGCUUCAGAACGGUGUCGUUCCCGGAAAGACCAAAACGGUUGUCGAAUACAGCUCUGGUUCAACCGUCAUCUCCAUGUCCUUGGCAUCUCGGGUCUACCAUGACGUACCGGAUGUCCGCGCCUACCUCAGCAACAAGACGAGUCAGGCCAAGUUGAAGUUGAUGCAAUUCUUCGGUUUGGACAUUACCUUGUUUGGCGGACCGUCUCAACCUGAACCGCUGGACCAGAGAGGCGGCAUCUACGCCGCGAAAAACAUGGGCAGCGACAAAGGAGCCGCCCUCAACCCGAACCAAUAUGAGAAUGACGAUAACUGGAAGUCACAUGUGAGGUGGACCGGGCCCCAGAUCUUCAAGCAACUGCCCCAGAUCACGCUCAUCUGUGCCGGUAUGGGCACUUCCGGAACCCUCACUGGCCUAGGAACUUACUUCAAGAGCGCCAAGCCCUCGGUUUACAGGCUGGGCGUCUGCACCGCACCCGGCGACCGCGUUCCUGGACCGCGCUCGUAUGCACUGCUCCAACCGGUCGAGUUCCCUUGGAGAGCUGCCGUCGACCACGUUGAGCACGUCGGGUCUCACGAGUCUUAUGCACUCUCGUUGGAACUCUGCAGACAGGGACUCAUCGCCGGCCCGUCGUCCGGAUUCAACCUACAAGGCCUUUACCAGUUCCUGGACAAGCGCCUCGAGGCCGGGAAUCUGAAGGAGCUUGCUGACGAAGCUGGUGAGGUACACUGUGUCUUCAUCUGCUGCGACUUGCCGUACCAGUACAUCGACGAGUACUUUGCGAAGUUGGGACCGGAGCACUUCCCUGCCAUUCAUAACGAGAACCUCCAAAAGGUUGACCUCCAUCGCUACGAUGAAGCGUGGGAGAAGGACCCGGCAGAAAUCUUCCUGCAGAUCCCGCACACAAGCAUCGUCCGUACCGAGGAUGUCCAGUUGCCCAGCACGCCAAGAUACAUCGACACCAGCAGUGCCUCCCUCAUUCCCCGUCUUCCAAAUGUGGCCAUAAUUGACCUGCGAAAACCGGAAGAUUUCCAGACACAUCACAUCCCCGGGUCCGAAAACAUCCCCGUUGUGGAUUCGAGUGAUUGGAAGCCCUUUUCGGAUGCCAAGAUUCUGGAGAAGGUGUGGCUCAAACUGGAGGCCACCCUCGAUCCGAAGACCGAGACGGGAAAGAUCCUGGAAGAGUACCGACAGAAACCGAUUGUUGUUCUGUGCUACGACGGCGACAGCUCCCGAGUCGCAACAAGCGUCCUGCGUGCCCGGGGGUUUGAGGCCGACAGCGUCAGGGGAGGCUUCCGGGCGUUGAGAGACUUCCAGCGUACUCCCGAGGCCUCCUUCACUAUGGUACCAAAGAGCUUGGCUGUCGCUUCAAGUGUGGAAGAACUGGUUGGUCACUAG